UGCUUCAGUUCUAAUGUGAGUCGGCGUCCUCUUUCUUUCCUCCGAUUUCAGAGAGAAGGCUAAGUAGCCUGAAGCAGAGGCCGAAUCAGAAAACACAACACCAAAUUCAGUUUGGUACUAAAACAUGGCUGAACUGGGUCUUUCCUAUAAGAAGGACGAGAAUUUCGGAGAGUGGUAUCGUCAGGUUCUUCUUCGUGCCGACAUGAUUGGCUACACUGAUAUCUCUGGUUGUUAUAUUAUAAGGCACUGGGCAAUGAAAAUAUGGGAGAAUAUGAAAGCAUUUUUUGAAGCAGAAACAGAUGAAAUGGAGAUAGAAUCUUGCACGUACCCUCUCUUUGUAACCCGUGAUUCUUUGGAACGAGAAAAGAGUCACAUAGAGGGCUUCGCUCCUGAGGUCGCUUGGGUCACAGAGGCUGGAAAAUCAGAAUUGAAAGUGCCUGUUGCAAUCCGUCCAACAAGCGAGGCUAUCAUGUAUCCAGAUUUCUCUAAAAGAAUCAGGAGUCACCUUGACUUACCAUACAAGCAAAAUCAGUGGGUCAAUGUUGUUCGUUGGGAGAGCAAUCCUACUCCAUUUAUCAGGAGUAAAGAGUUUCUUUGGCAAGAAGGCCAUACUGCUUUUGCAACAAAGGAAGAGGCAGAUCAUGAGGUCCAGGAGAUGUUGGAACUGUACAGAAAGAUAUAUGAGGAAUAUUUGGCGGUUCCAGUUGUGAAGGGACAAAAGACCGAGCUUGAGAAAUUUGCUGGUGCUCUUUACACCACAAGUGUAGAGGCUUUUAUUCCUAAUGCCGGCCGCGGUAUACAAGGUGCCACCUCACAUUGUUUGGGUCAAAAUUUUGCUAAAAUGUUUGACGUCAAGUUUGAAAAUGAAAUGCAAGAAAAGGCCAUGGUUUGGCAAAACUCUUGGGCUUAUACUACUCGAACGAUUGGAGUGAUGGUGAUGGUGCAUGGAGAUGACAGAGGGUUGGUAAUGCCACCUAAAGUGGCAACUCUGCAGGCUAUUGUGAUUCCAGUUAUUUACAGGGAUGUUGAUACAGAAGCCAUAUUGGAGGCCUGCAGGAAAACUGUAGUUACCUUGAAAAAAGCUGGUUUUCGUGUUAAGGCAGAUUUGAGUAGAACCUCUACACCUGGUCAGAAGUAUUGGCAUUGGGAGAUGAAAGGUGUUCCUCUGAGGAUUGAAAUUGGACAGAGGGAUUUGGAUAAGAAUCAAGUGCGCUUUGUUCGUCGGGACAAUUCAGAAAAAGUUGACAUUCCUCUGAACAAUAAUUUGGUUGAGCGAGUAAAGGACACGUUGGAUAGAAUUCAGCAAAACAUGUUUGAUGUUGCAAGGGAAAGACGAGAUGCUUGUAUCCAAGUUGCAAGGACAUGGGAAGAAUUUAUGGAAGCUCUAAACCAAAAGAAAAUGAUCUUGGCUCCUUGGUGUGAUGAAAUGGAUGUGGAAGAGGAUGUGAAAAAACGAACUAAGGGUGAAGGUGAAAUGGGAGCAGCUAAGUCUCUCUGCACCCCAUUUGAGCAGCCUGAACUUCCUGAAGGGACACUUUGCUUUGCCUCUGGAAAGCCAGCAAGGAAGUGGACCUAUUGGGGCAGGACUUACUAGAAGAUUACAACUUACGACUCCUGAACAAUGGUGUGAUUAACAUGUAGGUAACUAGAUAGUGAGGAUUUUCAGAUUCUGUUAUAUGGUUCAAGAAAGACAUUUUGUUAUAUUUAUCUAAAUAAUGUGAUUUUCUUUAUUUUUA